AUGAGCCGAGCGCGGCGGGUGGCCGUCAGCAUCUUUAUCGUCUGUGUGAUCUUCGGGCAGCUGGUGGUGUGCUUGCAGUCCCUCGAGGCCAUCUAUCAGUUCGAGAUCUCCUGGAUCGACCCCGCGAAGGCCGUUUUGUCCUCGCUGGCCAUCUUCAGUUUGGACAUCGAGUUCUCCUGCAUCUUGGAUCCGCAAAGCCAUGUCGUGGAGUACGGCUCGCAGCUCUUGGCCUACCCGGCGGUGCUGCUCGG